CACGGCAGUCAGUCGUUAACGGGCAGCCCGAUAUCGGUGCUCCUCCGUACUACUCGCUGCCUAAUCUCCACCUUGAAGAGCAGAGAUUAAGUGGACAAGUGGGCAGAGCGGGAGAGAGAGUAGAAGACAGCGGGGGAGACAAGAGUAAAGAGAAAGAGAAGAAUGAUGAAAGGGGGGAGGAGAGCGGAUCAUUCCGGCCGCCCGCAUCUGCUGCUCUAGUGGAGGGUAGAGAGAGAGAGAGAGGGGAGAUGGCACAACGCCUCAGCAUCCAAAACACACGGGAGUGGUGCGCCACCGAGACCGGAGCCCCGGACCCACCCGAAGCAGCAGCAUCACACUCACCGCUCUCCCGUCACGCCUCUUCCCCGCACAGCAGCGCCUCAGCCUCGGUAAGAGGCAUUAAUCAUCUCUGCAUGUGAUUCCUCCAUGAGGACUGGAAGGAGAGUACCUCGAACCACAUUUCCUGAAUGAAGACCUUUGUUCCCCAACAUCCGGCACAGCUCCAUUCUCCACCUGCCAUGGUGACAUGACGCACACCUGAGUGUCUUUGCUCCUUUUUCACACAUACAAAGACAAUCUUUUGGGCACCUCAACCCCCUAAACUUGUGCACAUACUCGUCUAGGCUCCAGCAAACUAAAAAAGACAUCUCCUUCUCCUCCUCCUACGUGCAACACCUCCCCACUUCGCGAUGACGGUGGCUGUGCGAUUCCGUCGCCACCUGCGCAGGCUCCUGCUCCUGCUGGCCUCCUGCUGUCUCCUCUCCCUCCUCCUCUCUGCUUACUUUCUGUUUACAAACUCCUCCCCUUCCAUGCAGCUUGGACAAUCCCCCGAACCGGCCUGUUCCCAGCCGCUCUCCAUGUCCCCGUACCAUCAACUUCCAUACCCGUAUCCUCCGAACCCCCCUCACACACAUGUCCACACUGAUCCGGUGGUGCUGGUACUUGUGGAAUCCCAGUACUCCCAGCUGGGUCAGGACAUUGUGGCUAUAUUGGAGUCAGCACACUUCCAGUUUCGCAUGGAGAUCGCCUCAGGAAAGGGUGACCUUCCACCACUGACAGAGAAAGGCCGCGGCCGAUAUUCACUCAUUAUUUAUGAGAAUUUAUUAAAGUAUGCACAUGCAGACACAUGGAACAGACAGCUGUUGCAUCAAUACUGUACUGAGUACAGAGUGGGCAUCAUUGGUUUCUACCGCUCCACUGAGAACUCCCCACCUCUCCUCAAACUCCGAGGUCUCCCACUGGUGCUCAGGACCAACCAAGCACUUUGGGAUUGCUGUGUGGUGUCCAGCUCACCUCUUCUCCACUUGACCAAGCCCGGCACAGAUCGAGGGGCUUUACCUGGGGAGGACUGGACCUCCUUUUCAUCCAAUCACUCCACCUACCAGGCUGUGUUGCAUGCACGGGCCAAGGAGGGAGCAGGGGCAGGUAGCGGUGAUAAUCCAGGGCCUGGCUUUAGUUUAGGCCUUCAGGCCACUGUGGUACAGGACAUGGGACUAUAUGAUGGGGUGAGGAGGGUACUGUUUGGCCAGGGACUGGGCUACUGGCUCCACAGACUCAUCCUGGUGGAUGCCAUCUCCUACCUCACAGACAGGAAGCUUACAUUGGGACUGGACCGGCACAUACUGGUGGAUAUAGAUGACAUUUUCGUGGGGAAGGAAGGGACACGCAUGAACGCCAAGGAUGUGAAGGUAUUGAGGGUGAUGGGUCGGCAGCUGCGUUCUCAGAUCUCCAACUUUACCUUCAACCUGGGCUUCUCUGGGAAGUUCUACCACACAGGUACGGUUGAGGAGGAUGAAGGAGACGAUUUGCUAUUGAAGUAUGUGGAUGAGUUCUGGUGGUUCCCCCACAUGUGGAGCCACAUGCAGCCUCCACACGAGUCGGCUUCACUGCUGGAGCAGAUGGUCCUCAACAAGGAGUUUGCUCUGGAGCACAACAUCCCAGUGGAUAUGGGCUACGCUGUGGCCCCUCACCACUCAGGUGUCUACCCGGUUCACCUGCAGCUGUACAAGGCUUGGAGACGCGUGUGGAACAUCCAGGUCACCAGCACCGAAGAGUACCCCCACCUCAAACCGGCCCGCUACCGCAAGGGCUUCAUCCACAACAACAUCAUGGUCCUGCCUCGUCAGACGUGUGGCUUGUUUACUCACACCAUCUACUAUAAGGAAUACCCUGGUGGACCUAAAGAACUGGACAAAAGCAUCCGUGGGGGAGAGCUGUUUCUCACUGUGCUACUCAACCCAGUGAUUGAUGGGAAAGAUGCCCUGGUCACCUCUGGCCUCACUGUGUGUCUGUCUGUCAGCCUGUUUGACCCUCAAAAGGGCUUUUGGUGCCAGCUCCUUGAGGGAGGAAAGACAAAAUGUUUGGGAAAGAGCAAAGGGAGGAAGUACCCUCCUAUGGAGCCAGAGGCACAUGCAUAUCUCUCCAGGUACUACAGGGAACACAACGUGGAGCUGUCAAAGUUGCUGCAUCGUCUCGGACAGCCGCUUCCCUCCUGGCUUAGAGAGGAGCUUCAGAAGAUAACCUUUGCAUCCAUGAACCAGGGUUAAAGGUCAAGGGGUCGAGGACCAAGAAGUGACCAGGAGACCUGACCUUCAGAUGCACUGUCUGUGGCCUUUUAGGAAAAACCCUGAGGUGAAGGCAGGGACAGGGUGCCUUGUUUCACCUAGGAGCUGUGUCACUGCUGAUGGGAGCAGAGGUCAUAACAGCGCAAAGAAACUUUGCUGAACUGAACUGUUGAAAGGAUGAAUGAAUGGAUGGAUGGAGGAGUGACUAAGACAGCUCUGAAGACAGUGGGACCACAUUAGAAUAAUGAAGAGAACUAUGGGAGACAAGGAGCAUUUGGCAAGUCUUUGAUGCCCAAACCCUGUUCUGAACUAUGGUGAACUCUCGUGCAGACCUGCAGUGACUUUGAUGGUUAUUACUACUAUUAUUACUAUUAUUAUUGUUUUAUUUUCACCUUUGAUUUAUGAUGCCAGAACAGCGCUGGUCAGCUGUGCGUGGUUCCUAUAGAGAUGACUUUGCACUAAGUUCUGUUCCAUGUAUUUCCGAGACAAAAAAAUGCACCCUAUAUGGUUUUGUCUUACUUUUUUGUUUUUUUGUUUUCAUAUAUAUCACAAUGAGAGUGAAUAAGCAGGGAGGAUAAGUGCAUAGACUCAGGGUGAGUGACAGGCUGUUACUUUCCAUGAUAGGUUCUCAUUGUUAUGUGAGUUAAUUUUUUAAAGUGAAGCUAGUUUCUGGUAGAUCUGGUAGCCUUGUUCACCCUUAGAGAUGUCACUUGAGACUUUCACUGGAAAGUAUGGACUGGAAAUUAUGCAUUGCCCGCUCAUUAUUUUCCUGUGACUUGCCAUGCAGAAGAAAGCGGUGUCCAUUUAGCAGAGCAUGAGCACUGAUGAUUUCAGCACUAAGGACUGAGGAGGCAUGUGGGAAGGAAAAGUGACCAAAAUGAGCCUAAUGGAUAUGACACUUAAUUCCAGGACCCUUUAAGUAGCUACUGUAACCGCAGGCAAUUUUUGUUUUGUCAGUGUCUCAUUUAAGUCUCAACCUCCUUUUUUUUCCUUUUUAAAACCAGUGGCCUAUGUUGUUGAGCUUCAAUUUGAAUGCAAAAAACCCCCUAAAUGUCAAACACAGAACCAAAAUUAAAG